AUGGCUCGGGGUGACCGGCGGCGCCGCGCAGCGCCGGCGGAGGGGGUGCGGGCGGCCGAGCGGGCAGCGGCCCUGGCCGUCGUGGUCCUGGCGCUGGCCCUCGGCCUGUCCGGGCGCUGGCUGCUGGCGUGGCACCGUGCGCGGCGGGCGAUCACGCUGCACCCCGCGCCGCCCGCGCUGCCCCCCAACUCCUCCAGCCCCACCGUGACCCCGGACCUCUUCUGGGGCACCUAUCGCCCACACGUCUAUUUCGGCAUGAGGACCCGCAGCCCGCAGUCGCUUCUCACAGGACUGAUGUGGACGCAGCAGGGCGGCGCCCCAGGGCCCCCGAAGCUCAGGCACACGUGUGAGCAGGGCGACGGCGUGGGUCCCUACGGCUGGGAGUUUCACGAUGGUGUCUCCUCCGGGCGGCAGCGGAUUCAGGACGGGGCCCUGCGGCUCACCACCGAGUUCGUCAAGAGGCCCGGGGGCCAGCACGGAGGGGACUGGAGCUGGAGAGUGACCGUGGAGCCUCAGGCUUCAGAUACCUCCGCCUCCCCUUUGGUGUCUCUGUUCUUCUAUGUGGUGACAGAUGGCAGAGAAGUCCUGGUGCCGGAAGCUGGGGCCAAGGGGCAGCUGAAAUUCAUCAGUGGGCAUACGAAGGAACUGGGUGACUUCCGCCUCAGUCUGCUCCCACCAACGGGCCCUGGGGACUCCAGCCCCAAGUAUGGCAGCUACAAUGUCUUCUGGUCCCCCAACCCAGGACUGCCACUGCUCACAGACCUGGUCCAGAGUCGCCUCAACAGCUGGUUCCAUCACCGGCCCCCGGGGGCCAGCCCGGAACGCUAUCUUGGCUUGCCAGGCUCCCUGAAGUGGGAGGACAGAGGCCCAAAUGGACAAGGGCAGGGGCGAGGACAGUUCCUGAUCCAGCAGGUCACUGCAAAAGCCCCCUUCUCUGUGGAGUUGGUGUUUGAGUCGGGCAGUGCCCAGGUUGGAAGAAGCCAGGCCCCGGAGCCACUAGCUGGCGACCGGCUGACGCAGGCCCUAGAGAGCCGGGCCGAGGCCUUCAGAGAACGCUUUGAGAAGACCUUCCGGCUACAGAAGAAGGGCCUGAGCCCAGAAGAACAGGCUCUGGGCCAGACUGCCCUCAGCGGCUUACUCGGUGGGAUCGGCUACUUCUACGGACAGGGCUUGGUGCUGCCAGACAUGGGCGCGGAGGGGUCUGAGCAGAAGGCUGACCCUGCUCUGUUCCCAGCUGCCCCCCUCUUCACAGCCGUGCCCUCCCGCUCCUUCUUCCCACGAGGCUUCCUCUGGGAUGAAGGAUUCCACCAACUUCUGGUCCAGCGCUGGGACCCCCAGCUCACUCGAGAGGCCUUAGGCCACUGGCUGGGGCUGCUCAAUGCUGAUGGCUGGAUCGGGCGGGAGCAGGUGUUGGGGGACGAGGCCCGGGCCCGGGUGCCGCCGGAGUUCCUGGUGCAGCGGGCAGCGCAUGCCAACCCCCCAACCCUGCUUCUGCCUGUGGCUCACAUGCUGGGGCGCGGUGACCCCGCCGACCUGGCCUUCCUCCGCCAGGCCUUUCCCCGCCUGUAUGCCUGGUUCUCCUGGCUUCGUCACAGCCAGGCAGGGCCUCUGCCACUGUCCUACCGCUGGCGGGGCCGCGAUCCAGCCUUGCCAACCCUACUGAACCCCAAGACGCUGCCGUCGGGGCUGGACGACUACCCUCGGGCCUCCCACCCCUCGACUGCUGAGCGGCACCUGGAUCUGCGAUGCUGGGUGACCCUGGGGGCCCGGGUGCUGGCCCGGCUGGCGGAGCAGCUGGGGGAGACGGAGGCAGCUGCCGACCUGAGCCCACUGGCCGCGUCGCUGGAGGCCGAGGCAGGUCUAGACCAGCUGCACUGGGCCCCGGAGCUGCGUGUCUUUGCGGACUUUGGGAACCACACGAAAGCCGUGCGGCUGAGACCCCAGCCGCCGCAGGGCCUGGUGCGGGUGGUGGGCCGGCCGGAGCCCCGAGCGCAGUACGUGGACGCGCUGGGCUACGUGAGCCUCUUCCCCUUCCUGCUGCGGCUGCUGAGCCCCAGCUCCUCCCGCCUGGGGCCUCUGCUGGACGCGCUGGCCGACACUCGCCACCUCUGGAGCCCCUUUGGGCUGCGUUCCCUGGCGGCCUCCAGCUCCUUCUAUGGCCAGCGCAACUCUGAGCAUGACCCUCCUUACUGGAGGGGUGCAGUGUGGCUCAAUGUCAACUACCUGGCCCUCGGGGCGCUCCAACAUUACGGGCAGCAGGAGGGCCCCCAGCAGGCCCGGGCCGCCAAGCUUUACCGCGAGCUACGUGCCAACGUGGUGGGCAAUGUGCGGCGGCAGUACCAGGCCACGGGCUUUCUGUGGGAGCAGUACAGUGACCGCGACGGGCGGGGCAUGGGCUGCCGGCCUUUCCAGGGCUGGACCAGCCUGGUCCUGCUGAUCAUGGCUGAAGACUACUGA